UGGCUUCUUUCUCCGAUAUCUUACCAAGUGACUGAAGGAGAUGAUGUUAUUCAUGCCUGUAUCCGAGGUCUUCACAAGAUAUUUACAAGAUUUAUAUCAACAGAAGAAAUGUAUUUUGAUAAACCACCAUCAGAAGCUGAUAUGAAAGAUUUAAAAGCAGAAGAAAAAUAUAAAGUAUGGUUAAGAGAACAGUAUGCUAGUACUAUAUUUCAUCUGGUAGAUUUAUUACAUCACAGUAACCCUAGCAUUCAGGAUUUAUCACUGACCACCAUGAUGAAAUUUGUGGAAGCAGAAGGCCAAACACCAAUACGUAAAAUAACAGAACAUCAAACUUUCCCUUCUCGACUCUUUCAGAAGGUAUUUAAUAAACUAUUAGAUGAUAACACAGACAUGUCUCGUCUUUGGACAAAGUUUCAAGAAUAUACUGAAUUUGAUGAUGUACGAUUUUACGUUUUAACAUUUUUGCACUCAGAUCUAAAACACAAGAAGAACCAAGAAGUGAGUGAUACAUAUGUCAAAAAUGUUUUUAGUCUGCUAGAGAAUCUCACCUUUAAUUCGAAACCUAGGAAGAUGUUACCAGGUGGAGAGCCACGCUGGUUGGCCAAAUUACCAGAAAAUGAAGAUGUUUUGAAAUCAAGAUCUGUAGAUGAACAAAAGAAAUUAUUCUCCACCGUUUGGUUAAAAUUCCUACGAUUUAAAUUAAACACUAGUAUGUAUAAACGAGUACUAAUGAUGAUGCAUGAUAAAGUCAUCCCUAAUAUAACCAGUCCACUCUUUCUCUGUGAUUUCUUAACAGAUUCCUAUAAUAUAGGUGGUGCAAUAAGUUUGUUGGCUUUAAACAGUAUUUUCAUACUAAUAAAUAACUACAACUUAGAUUAUCCAGAUUUUUAUAAGAAGUUGUAUGCAUUAUUUGAUCCCAUCAUUUUUCAUGCUAAAUACAGAGCUCGAUUCUUUCAUCUUGCAGAUCUGUUUUUGUCAUCAACACAUUUGCCAGCCUACCUCGUUGCAGCAUUUGCUAAGAAAUUAGCCAGAUUAUGUUUAACUGGUCCAGCCAGUGGAAUACGAAUAGCUAUCACCUUUAUACUCAAUCUGCUAAAAAGACAUCCAAAUUGUCAGGUUUUACUUGGGCGAUUAGAUGGUCCAUCUGAAAUACCAAAUGAUCCGUAUAUAUUUGAAGAAACUGAUCCAGCUAAAUGUAAAGCUAUGGAGAGUUAUUUGUGGGAAAUUAAGACACUUCAAACUCACUACUGUCCAGAAGUUGUUCUAGCAGCAAAUAAAAUAAAUCACCAACUAGGUCAACAAGAAGAACUUUUGGGUGAUGUUUUAGAUCUCACAACAGAUGAGUUGAUCGAGAAAGAAUGUAAAAGAAGAAAGAAGGAAACAGCAAUUAAUUUUAUACCUCCUACAGGAUUAUUUCAAUCACAAAAUGACAAAUUUUCUUCAUGUUGGACUCAUAUUGAAUCUUAAUUAAAUUCCUUUUGUGUGUUUAA